AUGUCUCGUCCCGAGGAUUUGGCUCCACCGGAGAUUUUCUACAAUGAUUCUGAGUCGAAGAAAUACACUGCAUCGACCAGAGUACAGCAUAUCCAGGCGAAGAUGACUCUGAGGGCUCUGGAGUUACUUAACAUUCCGGCAAACAGUUUUGUGCUGGAUGUUGGGUGUGGGUCCGGUCUCAGCGGUGAGAUCCUCUCCGAGGAGGGCCAUAUGUGGUGUGGUCUUGAUAUAUCGCCGAGCAUGCUGGCCACCGGGCUUACAAGAGAGCUCGACGGUGACUUGAUGUUGCAGGAUAUGGGUGUCGGAGUGCCGUUCCGUGCUGGGUCCUUCGAUGCAGCUAUUAGCAUCAGUGCGAUCCAAUGGCUUUGUAACGCGGAUACGUCGUACAAUGAUCCGAAAAGGCGUCUGAUGAGGUUCUUCAACACGCUAUUUUCGUCGCUCAGGAAAGGUGGGAAGUUUUGCGCUCAAUUCUACCCGAAAAACGACCAGCAAGUCGAUGAUAUAUUACAAGCUGCAAAAGUAGCUGGGUUCAGUGGUGGGUUGGUAAUUGAUGAUCCAGAAUCCAAGAAGAACAAGAAGUACUACUUGGUUCUAAGUUCUGGUGCACCAAGGGCAGACGAGAGCCAGGUUAACUUGGAAGGUGUUACCAUGGAUGAACAAGAAAGGUCACUGCGCAACGCUCUGCAGAAAAGGAGAGCUAAGAAUGGUAAAGAAAUCGAGUCCAACAAGACUUACAUUAUGAGGAAAAAGGAACUCAUGAAAAGACGUGGGAGGAAAGUCGCCAUGGAGUCCAAAUUCACAGGUAGAAAGAGAAGACCUCGCUUUUAA